AUUGCUCACCUGCUUCUUGUUCAAUAUCUACACAUACUUGCUGGGCGAGCAUGCUAUUAAAUUUCUUUAUAUUUCCCAGUCAAAAUCAAGUUGAAUAAGCAUAUUCCUCGUUAAUCACCAAUGUACUCAUCUUUGCGUGCGGUCCGGCCAAGGGCCUCCGUGCCGCCCACAAUGUUGGCAAGCACUCUCAGGAAAAUUGCCAGCAUGGCUGCAGUGACACCAGUCAGGCCCAAGCGAGAAGGCGACAUUUCGGAUGCGUUUGCGUCCCUUGCAGGCCAAAAGGAAGAGCCUUUGCCGGAUCGCUAUCGGGAGCUGAAGCUAUCACUAAUAGCUGGGCGUGAAAGAGAGAUCGAGGCUAGUUGGAAACGCCUCCUGGCCGCCCUCAAGACAGAAAAUGACAUGAUCGUCCGGAAACGAUCAUCAAUAGUUCCCGAGCUAGAAUUCAAUGCGCUGGAAUCACAACUUCCAGAGCUCAGGGAAGAGAUCCAAAAACGGGGUGUCGCUGUCGUGCGCGGCGUUAUACCCGAGACCGAAGCCAGGGCCUACAAGGACGAUCUCGAACAGUACAUCAGCAAGAAUCCAGACACCAGAGGCUUCCCAGCCCACGACCGGCAGGUUUUUGAGCUGUACUGGAGCGCUCCUCAGAUCAAGGCCAGAGGCCACUCAAACCUCCUUCGCACCCAACGUGCUCUUCUCGAAGGUCUCUGGACAGCAGGUCAUGACAGGAUGAUUGACCUGUCGACGCCGCUCUCGUACGCUGACCGUUUGCGCAUACGGCAACCAGGAGAUGCCUCCUUUGCUCUUGGUCCGCAUCAAGAUGGAGGUAGCGUCGAGCGCUGGGAGCGGCAAGGGUACGGCUUGGGCAAGGUGUACGAUGAUGUAUUCCAAGGCAACUGGGACGGUGCGUCUUUUGACAUGUGGGAUGCCGGAGCACGCAUCGAUGCGCGUCAAAACAACUACAACGGGCUAGGCGCAUGUUCAAUGUUCCGCGCCCUUCAGGGUUGGCUCAGCAUGAGCCACAGCGACGCCAACGAGGGCACCCUUAAGGUAUACCCCGGUGUAAAGCUUGCCGUCGCAUAUAUGCUCCUGAGACCCUUCUUCCACCCUGUCAGGGCACCUGCCGAGUUUGGGGCCUACGGAGUCGAAACGGAAGAUUUUUUGCAUCCCGAGAACUGGGUGCUCACAAGACCUCAUGAAAUGAACUCGGAUCUGCAAGGUGCGACGCCUGGCAGGGGUCAGGAAUUUCCCCGUGCUGAGCUGCACCCUCAUCUCGAGCUGGCCAAGACUAUGGUUCAUGUACCCAAAGUCAAGCCUGGCGACUUUGUGGUUUGGCAUUGCGAUACCAUUCAUGCAGUGGACCAUAUCCACCAAGGAAAGUCCGACUCUAGCGUUCUUUACAUACCUGUCUGCCCGGUGACGGAGCAAAAUGCCGAGUACCUCGCCACCCAGAGACAAGCUUUUCUGGAUGGUACGCCGGGUCCCGACUUUCCUGGUGGAAAAGGAGAAUCGCGCCACGUUGAUCGGCCCACGGCGGAGUAUGCCGCGGAGCACCUCAACUUGCAAGGGUUGCAAGCAAUGGGACUAAGGAGACUGUUGGUGCCAGAUGGAGCUCCGCCUGGAGUAAGGAGCGUGCUGGAAAGUGCCAACAAAAUUCUGGGUUUCUGAUGUUUGACUGAACUUUUGCCCUGCAUCCUUGUCAUCUGUUGUCCGAGGUCUUGCUUGAAAUGUACCAUGAUAGCCGGCAGUGAAUAUUCGAGCUGUGCUUUCUCUUCUUUCUCGACAAUUUGCUAGUCUUUCACCUCUCUCUCAUUGUCCCAUGACUACAGAAGCCAGCUACAUAAGUGAUGAUUGACUGUUAUAUAAUAUUGAGGUCCAACAUGCCGUGCUAGGUUGUGCUAGCUACUGUAUCUCAAAAAUAGCAAAU